AUGGAAGCUCUUGUGAAUGAAAUCAAUUUGCUCCGUGAAAAACACAAGCAACAAGUACUCGCACAUUCGCAGCUCUUGACUCAACAAACGGAAUCCACCACUGCUCUAGAGGAGAUUAAGCUGGUGGAAGACGACGCCAGGAUAUACAAGAGCACUGGUCCAAUUUUGGCUUCGCAGACAAAGGAAGAUGCUAUUAGCACCAUCACAAAGCGUCUUGAAUACAUCAAGAAUGAAAUAAAUACCGUCGAAAAAACAAUCUCCUCUCUACAGUCCAGCAUUGAGGAAAAGUGCAAAAAGCUUGAAUCGUUAAACUCGGAGGCAAUCCAACGACAAAAUGUCCAGAGUACCAAGUAA